CACGUUUAUCAACAAAUUUCAAACCAGCAGUGCCUGAACGUUCGUUUAGAAAUUCAAAUUCAUCUAUAAACCCCCAUUUCCCCUACAAUAAUACGGUUUUUGCGGAUUAUCAAUUGGAAGUAAAACAGUCGUUUGAAGGAGCACCAUUAGUGCUUCAUAAAUCGACCCGAUUAUCUCCUGUUAAAUCCAUUAGCUCUCAGACUAUUCCAUGUUCAACUUCAGGACAUGAUUUAGGUUCUGUCAAUGUUGUUCCGACUUACGACAGAAGUGAUGCUGAAUCACAGAAGGAAAACAAUCAGCGAUCCAUAAUAUCAUCUAACUCUAACUUAUCACCUCUUCAUUCUUUUUUACAUUCUUUCGCUGAUUCACAACCACAUAUGGAUCAUUUCAAGUCUGAUUUGCAUAUUCAGGAAUCCUGGGCCCGAAAUUUAUUACCAGUUCAGCUAUCUACAGAAAAUUUCCUUUCCAAAUUACCAUUGCCUUUUGCAAUGACUGCAGCUUCUUCUUCUGCUAAUAAUUUAUAUGGGAAUUUCUAUUCCUCUGAUAUUGCUGAUUCUAACAAAUCUGAUUUUUUGCCUGAGCAAUCAGCACGAUUUUCUAUGAAUCUAAUUGAACUGGAUGAUUUUAAAAUGGUGGAAGAAAAAAAUGAAAAAAAUGAAAACAUUCACAAUAUUUCUAUGGAGGAAAAAAUUUUCUGCUCCACGCGAGAAGCAGUUAUCGAAAAUGCAGAAGAAAAUUCUUUAGCUGGAUUAGAAAUAGGGCCUGGUGGAAGUAUAUGGAAUCCAGGAUAUAUCGGUUUGGAUGAAUAUCGGAAAAUGCUUCACAAUUCAACAUGUUCAAAUAUUGCGGAUCCCAAGAUUAGGUAAGUUUUAUGGUUAGCCCCAUUUCCAUCAAAAUAUUCUAUAAAUCCACUAGCGGGUAUUGUAAAUUUGGAAAAAGAUUAUUAUUCAACUGUUAAAGAGAAUGAAGACCAUGCUUCACCGAUUAUUGAAGAUGAAGAUAUCUGUUAUUCAGGAUGGAUGUAUAUAGUUGUAAAUAAAAAGGAUCGAGGGAAAUUUUGGACUGUUUUGAGAAAGAAUCAACUUAUGUUCUAUGAAAAUGAAAAUAAAGUAAGUUUCUUUCCUAAGAACUCAAAAUUUUCUUUCCUUCUUGUUUAUGUUGGGAAAUCACCAUCAGUUAAGGAUGUUAUCAAUAUUUUUUUAAAAGAUGAUGCAUUAUCAAUUAAUUGGAUCCAUAUUAAAAUGACUAUUAAUGAUGCGCCCAAUCACUGGAUGUUACUUUUAGCAAAAGUCAGUUUUUUUUCGCUAGAAGCUAGUGAUAAAAAAUUUAGUCGGCUUGAUGCUUGUGGAACAAUAUGGAUUAGACAAGGAGCUACUUGCCCAUGGUCAAAAGGAUGGAUGAAUUUGGACAAUGUUGGCUACAUACUUAAAUUUCACCUAAAGAAAUUUUUUUUCGAAUUAGAUACUCGAAAAUUUCUUGCCAUGAAAACAGAUAUAUCGAAGAUAGAUUGGUGUGCCUCGGUAAUUGGCUCACAGAAUGGUCCUUUCCUAUUAUUGCAAGAUGGCGGGUAAUUUUUAAAAUUAUGAAUAUUAUUAAUUUUGGUCCAACUAUGGAUCCAGUUGAUUUCGUCAGAAAUGGGUUGCCAAGGAUAUGAACUUGAGGACCAGAAAUUAACAGUUGAUGAUGUUCCAGUUAUUGUUGACAAGUAAUAACCAUCCUUACCUUUAUUUUUUUAUCAAAAUAUAGGGCUUUAUCGACGUAAUGGCUCAAACGUUGAGGCCAGGCUUUUGCUAGAAGCAUUUCGAAGAGGUUUUUUUUACACAUUAUAUCGUAACUCAAAUAUACUCAAGGUAAAUGUUGUUGCUGAUGUGCUUCGUUCAUUUUUUAGGCAGCUUAGUUCACCACUUAUUCCUUAUACAGUUCAAGAACGACUGUUUGUUGUUGCUGAAACUAGAGGUUUACUUUUAUUUUAUUGUAAGUAAGAAGGUUUCUCAUCUCUAUCAAGGAUUCGACGACAAACAAUUCGCCGCAUACUCGAUCAUUUAAGAGAUGUUACUGAACAUUCCCACUCCAAUUUGGCAACCGUUGAUAAUGUUGUAAAAGUAUUUGGACCAACAUUGUUUUCUGUAGAAAAUGUUAGUUCUUUUAUGUGCGAUAAUUUUGAUUUUUCUUUAUUGCAGAUAAUUGUUCUUAAAGAUCUGAUCUUGAAUUAUGCAACAAUAUUCCGAGUGCCUCUGCAAGAAAUGCAUGUUAAAGCAAAGAUGGAUAUGUUUUUUGGGAAGGCGAAUGCAGCUAAAGUAUAUAAUUUAUUGUUACUUUAUUUCUAGUUUUUUAAUGAACGUGAUAACCAUACAUUCAAUAUACAAUUAUCACACACAGCGGAACAAGUGAAAUUUAUAUUUUAAUUUUUAUGUUUUCCGUCAGAAAAAGACUCUUCGGAUUAUGCACUAUUUGAAGUAAAUUUUUACUUUUUUUUCAAUUAUUGUAAAUAAUAAAAUGAGAAAUUAAGUUCGAUAGUCACAGGUCGGUGGCUUGAUUGGGAUCCAGCAGAUUGUUUUUUAGUGUUCAAAUCUGAUAGCAUACCAUUUUCUUUUCAUGUAAACAGCUUUUUUUGAAGAUUUUUUCCGUUUAAUUCAGCGGGUUCAAAGACAUUCAGUACGUGCCACAUGAAAAUCGAAGCGGGAAAGGAGAUAAUCCAUUACAAUAAGGUAAUGAAUUUAUUUUGUUCCACAACUUUUUCCUGAGAAAUCUGGUUCAGGGGUCACGAAACUGCCCGUAAACCCCCUUUUCCUUUUACAUUGACUUUCAUCUUACUGAACAAGAAUUUCAAAUAUAAGUCGAAAUUUAUUGGUUUUUGUAUGGCGUUUCCUGAAAAUAAUUUAAGAGCACAGUGGUUGAAUGCUAUUCUUAGCUCACAGCAAGGUUUUCAAGAGAAAUCGAUUUAUCCGUUAGUUUCUGUGUAAAUUUUAAAAUCAGUGGUAAGAAAAUAGUUGCUUUACAGCA